AUGGGUAUACCGGAAUCCUACUCCCCUUUUUCUCUUACCGUCAGGAAUCUCAUCCAGCUCAUUGAAAUCAUCCUGCUGUGGGUCUCUGUGAUCAUACAAAAGAGUCAGCUCUCGCUCUGGAAUGCUGAGCGAGAGCUGCGCUACGCGAGGGUGUCGGACGCCGUUUCUCGUUUUCAUCAUAUAGAUAACAGCCGUGCUGCAAAGAUCGUCAACGUACCUAAAAACCGAAGAACCUUCUGUAAGAAGUGUGGCAAGCAUCAGCCUCACAAAGUGGCACAGUAUAAGAAGGGCAAGGAUUCUUUGUAUGCCCAGGGAAAGAGGCGCUAUGAUCGGAAGCAGAGUGGCUAUGGUGGGCAGACAAAGCCAAUUUUCCGGAAGAAGGCUAAGACCACGAAGAAGAUUGUGCUAAGGCUGGAAUGUAUUGAGCCUAACUGCAGAUCCAAGAGGAUGCUGGCCAUUAAGAGAUGCAAGCAUUUUGAACUAGGAGGAGAUAAGAAGAGAAAGGGCCAAGUGAUCCAGUUCUAAACUUUGGGAUAUUUUUCUUCUGAUUUUGAAGAGAAAAUGUUG